AUGGUAUCAAACAAGCCAAAACUGUCUACCAUCGAUUACGUCCGUCUCAUCACGUCGAUCUGCAAAACAGCCAUCUCGACCAUUGGUGCUGUCAUUACCGGCCCUUUCCGAGGAAACUCAGGUCCGACCUCAUACAAACAUCAUGUGUUGUUCACUGCCAUGAGGGCGUACAUGAAAUAUACCCCAACCCACCAAUUGCAAGCGACCACACCUUCCACCACCGAGGCAUAUGCUGCUUUUGUUAAAUCGAUGUCGCUCCCUUUCAAGGCUUCGACGCUCGAAGAUGGAUCGACGGCGUACUGGCUUGGGCACAAGGCGGCGGACACGGUCCUGCUUUUCUUCCACGGAGGUGGAUAUGCCAUGCCAGCCACCGUUGCUCAUUUCCAACUACUUUCGGAUCUUCAAGGCCAAGCCACUUCCCAAAAUUCGUCUUUAUCUGUGCUGAUACUCGAAUAUGGAUUGGCGCCUUCUGCUCAAUAUCCAUCGCAGCUGAAGCAGGCGACUUACGCGUACAAAUACUUGACUGAGACACGGAAACUUCCUCCCUCCCGGAUCUUGCUCGCCGGUGAUUCAGCUGGAGGCCACCUAGCUUUAGGACUCCUCUCGCAUCUAGCUCAUCCACAUCCUGAGCUCCCCACAACAAACGCAACUGAUCCGAUUGCAGGGACUAUCUUGAUAUCGCCAUGGGUGACAUUCGUCACCAACUCUCCGUCCAUGUCUAAGAAUCUCUAUAAGGACUGUCUGGAUAUUGGGACUCUUCAAAAAUGGUCCAAGGCAUUCAUUGGCAAUGCUCCGAUGGACAAUUAUACUGUUCCUCUCAACGCCGAGCCUGCGUGGUGGUCUGGCCUAAAGACCAAGGUAUUGUGCAUCGUCGCCGGGGGUACCGAAUUAUUCUUUGACGACAUUGAGAAUUUUGCAACCAAGGUCAAGGUUCAUCACCCAGAGGUGGAGUUUUUCAACAGUCCUGGCGAAGCACAUGAUUCCCCAAUUUCUGAUAUCGUCAUGGGUUUCAAAGAAGGUGCAGCAGCGCGCAAGUUCUGUCAAUGGAUUCUGACGACUAUUAAAAAGUGA